UCAUUUGCUUUGCGCUCUGAGCGGACGCACCACCGUGCCACUGUCCGCUACUUCAUCUCACCCGAACCUGUUUUCAUAUUUCAUUUGCAAUCAUAUCACUCCUUCUGUUCUGUGUGUCCCUCAACAUCAGUUUGCACGGUUAACGUGCGUUAACAUCAGGAUCUAUGGCGCUGAAUGGAUAUAUAUUGACCGCGCUGUGCGCACUUUGGGCAGGGAUCUUCGCUCAGGAUGCCCAAAUACCCUCUUUCAGAGAGUGUCCUGUGGACUUGUUCUUUGUGUUGGACACAUCUGAAAGUGUGGCCCUCAGAGCCAAACCUCCAGAGUUUUUCAUCAACCAGAUCAAGAACUUCACUAAGAUGUUCAUCGAUCAGCUGAAAGACAUACCACAGCAAUGUAAUCGCGAUGUGACUUGGAACUCUGGAGCGCUGCACUACAGUGACGACACCGAGCUGGUGAUGGGGUUAGUUGACCUGAAAACAAAGCGUUCUGAGCUGAAGGCUGCCAUAGACAAAAUCAAAUACAUCGGCAAAGGAACGUACACUGACUGUGCCAUCAAGGAGGGUAUCUCUGAGCUACUCCGAACGGGCACCCAUUAUCAUGAGAAUAAGUACAUUGUGGUGGUCACGGAUGGUCACCCUGUGACUGGCUACAAGGAGCCAUGUGGUGGGGUCCAGGAGGCUGCCAAUGAGGCACGACAACACUCUAUCAAAGUGUUCGCUGUGGCCAUCUCACCUGACCAGGAGUACACCAGACUCUCUGUCAUUGCCACAGAUGUAAACUACAGACAGAACUUCACCGCUGCAGACAAGUCCCGCUCCUCACAAAUGGCCACUAUAAACUCCAUCGUCAACAUGAUUACAAAUGAAACAAAGGAUGUGUGCUGCUCCUUUGACUGCAACGCCCCUGUCGGCCCUGUCGGAGCACCUGGUGACUUAGGACAAAAAGGAGAAGCUGGAAGACCAGGCAUGCCGGGAGAGAAAGGUGAUGUUGGAGCUCAGGGAAGUCCUGGUGAUCCCGGUCCAGUCGGUUACCAAGGAAUGAAGGGAGACCAAGGAAUAAGAGGUGAUAAGGGAGGGAGAGGUCAUAAAGGCUUCGAGGGAGACAAAGGUCGUCAUGGUCUUGAUGGCGUCGAUGGACGUAAGGGUGAGCUGGGAUUCUCAGGCCUUCCUGGCUGCAAAGGGUCACCGGGGCCAGAUGGCUUCCAAGGAGAUCCAGGUCCUAAAGGAGAUCCCGGACAAUAUGGACUUAAAGGAAAAAGAGGAGAUCCUGGCAGAGACGGUGAACCAGGAAGACCUGGAAACUAUGGGCCUUCAGGGGCGAAGGGAGACAGGGGUCCUCGUGGCGUCAAUGGCGAUAAAGGGGAGAGAGGAGAUGACGGACCACCAGGACCAGAUGGCACAGGAGGAGAAAAAGGCACACCUGGUGAGAAAGGUGAACAAGGUUCCCGUGGUAACAGAGGGCCCAGAGGCGACCCUGGUGAACCUGGCCCCCGGGGUGAACAAGGACGUGAGGGAUCAGCAGGGCCAAAUGGAGAGCCGGGCGAGCUAGGAAGGACAGGGGCACCAGGUUACCGUGGCGAUGAGGGUCCUACUGGGCCAGAGGGAGCUAAAGGGCCCAGAGGAAUCAAAGGGGCCCCAGGAGACAGAGGCCUGAUGGGAGAGAGGUAUACCCUUUCUAGACUUCUGAUAUUAGCUAAUAUCAGACCAGGACUACCUGGGCCUAAAGGACCCAAAGGUCACAGAGGGCCGGAAGGAAAAGAUGGACCAAUAGGACCACCUGGGCCUGAAGGAACUGAUGAAUGUGAGAUUCUGGAUAUCAUCAUGAAGAUGUGCUCUUGCUGUGAAUGCAAAUGCGGACCCCUGGACAUUGCCUUCAUUGUGGACAGCUCUGAGAGUAUUGGAGCUUCUAACUUUGCCAUCGCUAAAGACUUCAUUGUGACGGUAAUGGACAGGCUCAAGUUAAAACAGUUUGGUGCCAAUGAGUCUCGUAUUGGCGUGGUGCAGUACAGCGGUGCUAGUGCUCAGGAGGUCGUACAGCUUGGUGACCCCAACAUUAAGACCCUGACAGACCUAAAACAAGCUGUGAAAGACUUGCGCUGGCUGGCUGAAGCCACGUACACUGGAGAAGCUCUGCAGUACUCGCUAAACAACAUGAUUAACAAGCUUGAGAUGGAGAAGAGCGUGGUCAUUGUCCUUACUGAUGGACGCUCCGACACCUUAAGGGACAUUGUGACCCUAAACGUGCUGUGUGGCAAGGGACUGAAGGUUGGUGGCAUUGGAAUGACGGAUUAUGCAAAAAGGAUGCCCAAUCCAGAACAGAUUGAUGAGCUUGUGUGUAAAGAUGAUCCCAGAAAAGGCUUCUCCUUUGUCUUAAACAACUUUGGUCUUCUUUUGGAUGACAGUUUCCUGCAAAACCUGACUGAGAAAAUCUGUGAAGAAAAGAAGUGUCCCAACUUUACUUGUCCAGUUUCAUUUAUUGACAACACUGAUGUCCUCAUCAUGAUGGACAGCUCGGCCAGCGUGGGGUCCAAGAACUUUGAGAUGACCAAGGACUUCGCAAAAAUGCUGGCUAAGCGCUUUUUGUCAGCAGAAAGAGGAAACUUCCAGGUCAGGGUUGGUGUUGGCCAGUACAGCAACAAUGCCAACAUAGAGGCCGAAUUUUCCUCAGAUUCCACCCAGGUGGUUGCUCAAAUCCCAGAAGCCAAGUUCCAGAAUGCAGGUACUCGGGUAACAAAUGCUCUAAACUUCGCCAUUGAGCGCUUCAGAGGCAGUAGGACGAGGAAGAAGAAGCUGCUGGUGUUUUCAGAUGGUCGUUCCCAAGGCGUCAACAUCAACCAGAUUGAAAAAGCCGUAGAGCAGGUGAGCAAUGCUGGCAUUGAGCUGUAUGUGCUGGCCGCGGGCAACCAGGUAAACGAGGCGCACCUGCGCACCAUGGUGAGCCGAGGCCGUCCCUAUGACAACACGUAUGCCUACCACCACCUUUUCAAAGUACCCGACUACCGCUCAUUGGUUACUGGGGUCUUUUACCAAACCGUAUCUCGCAAGAUUUCCCUGAAGUAGUAUAGCACAAGCUGUGAUUGUUUUCGUUUUUUGUCUAUUUUUCAUGUGAAUGAUAUAUCUGAACUUAAAAGGUUUUUCAUAGUCUCUGUUUCAUUUAAUAAAAGACGGUAAAUGAUUGUGUCAGAAUUCUUAAAAAAUACCUACUUUUUAUGUUACUUACUUCUUUGUACAGUAAAGGGAUUAUACAAGCCAUUUCACAGUUUACGUCAGUUGUUGGAGUUGGUUCUAGUGCUUUGACUAUAUGACUGUAUUUAGUUUGAUGUCCCUUUUUUCUCUGGUCAGGAGCUGAAAUCUCUAUGAUGAUGCAGACUUAGACUCUUUAAAAUGCAUUAAAAAAAAACAAUUGUAUCUUGCAGUAAGGGUCCAAAAUGAACACGUCCUAUCCAUCUAUCUAUCUAUCUAUCUAUCUAUCUAUCUAUCUAUCUAUCUAUCUAUCUAUCUAU